CAACCAUAGCGUCUGAUGGAUCUCGGGGAAACAAAAAUAGCUCGCCUUCUGUCUAGUCUCUGAGGAGCAGCCCUCCCUGACCCCCCCUGCAGGAUGGAAGUGGCCCUGCAUGACCCUGGCACGUUCAGGCGCCCCCCGAGACGAGGGAGCCCACUGCCUCUGAGACCCCUGAUGGAGGAGAGGAGCCGCAGCAGCACCCCCACACACCUGCUUGAAUCAAAGUUUUAUGGCAACCUGAAAAGUAACAGCCUGAUCCAAGCAGAGCCGGCAGAAGUGCACUUCAGCGGGUUUGAGUUGGGAAAGAAAUACAGCAACACUUUGCAACUAAUCAACAUCUCCACCGAGGUCAUGAAUAUUCACAUUCUCCCCACUCAGACCAAGUACUUCCAAACAGCUUACAUCAAAAAGUAUCGACUCGUCCCCGGCCUCGCGUACACAGUCAAGAUCCAUUUCUGUCCCGAUGAGUGGCGCUACUUUUAUGACAGCGUUCGGGUUCACUGCAAGAACGAAGAGAACCUGUUAAUUCCAGUUCAUGCUUACCCUGUCAUCAAUGACCUGCACAUCCCUCCCCGCAUCGACCUCCCGGCCACAGCGCUCCAGCAGAGUGUUUCUCAUACUAUUCCUCUGAGAUGCAGCUGUCCCAUCGACUUUGAAUUUCAGAUCUUUGUUAUUGAGACCAGCCAGGCUUUCUCCAUACAACCGCUCGCUGGCGUGAUUCCAGCCAACAGUCAAGUGGAAAUCAUUGUAACCUUUACCCCUCUGCAAUAUGAAACAUCACAAAUCACUUUCAAGCUGGUCGUAUCACAAUUCAACACCAAACCAUUUCUAUGUACUGUUACCGGUUCCUCUAACCCCCAUGUUGCAAUCAGCCAGGUGGAGAAGAAGUUGGGGCGUAAAGAAGUCUCUGCACCUGUGUCUCAAGUGGCGACUCGGAGCAAAACAUGGCCGCUCAAAGUGGCAGUCAAACCCAAGAAAGUCAAAGAGGCUGAUUCCAAGCCUCAAAUGGACAUCUUAACACACGGAGGAGUAGCAAAAAUGAUGAUCAGGGAUACCAGUACGAUCAGCUCCAAGGCGUUAAAAGAAAAUUCCACGCAGAGCCGACAAGUAAAGGAGGCCCUCUUCCUCAAAAAAGUUACAGACAACGAAAGAAAAAGACAAGAGCGCUGCCGGCAAUGGCAGGUAGACCACAUCGGAGAGGAGCCUGUGUGUGGAGAGAGGAGGAGGGAGGUUCUGGAGGAGAGAGAGGAGGCGCUGCAUCGAUACAUGGUACAAAGAGGAGAGGCAAAAGAAGAGAGACAGAUUUAUUUUGGAAAACCUAUACUGUCAAAUGAAAGAGUGGUUUUAGAUGUCGGACAGACUCCAGAUAUCACUCCACAGUUCCAGAUCCACCCCAGUAUAAAUUGGGACUUAAAGCGUCGAUGCCUUGAACUGUUCCAGCAGUCUGCGUAUAAGAUUGUGAUCCAGUGUCGUAUGAAUAGAAGGCUGGUCUGUCUGAGAAAACUGAUCAAGGAAAUGAAAGAGCCUCGUACCACACAAGAAGAUGCAGAAGUGGUGCAGUGUAAGAGGAUCUCUCCAGAAAAAGUCUUUGUAUUCUCCCACCCGAUGUUCUCUGAAGAGGACGACCCCCUGGCGCUUGAUUUGUCCCCACCACCUGCUGCUCCUACAGAAUGGACGGUAACAACAAACAUACCCUUCUUCAAACUUAAAGUUCCUCAGCACUAUAAACUAAUGGGCUACAAACCAGUCUCAACUUUAGACGCAUAUACUUCUUAUAUUCCCACAGCCUUGGCCAGACCACUCCGCUCUCCGCCUCUAGAAGAAACUGAGGAGGAAGCUGCAAAGGAUUAUGGGAAUCAAGUUGUUGAAGAUGAGGAAAAAACAGAAGGAGCCAAACCUAAGUUAAAAGAUUUUAAUUAUAAAUUCACUGCACCUGAUUUUAAGCCUGUCCCUGCUCAUCCUCUACGCAUCUUUAAUCCAGCUCCAGGACUCCACGCUCAUCGUCCAACCACAAAAUAUUUGGAGUGCGAGUCUGAGUUCUACCUGUGCCCGCAGCCGACAUACCACCAACAAGUUCCUAAUGAUGAGUCUGCUGUCAUUCAGGACCACCUCAUAGCCAAGGAAGUCAUUGAGGAGAUUAUGACAUGGAAGCAGGACUUUGGCACUGUUCUAUCCAACUGUCUGGCCCAGCACCGCUCUCAAACUCACAUGGGACUCCCGGGCAGGUCCAACUACAAUAAAGAAAUCCUCCCCGUUGAAGCACCUUACCUCCGAGGUCUGCCCGAUGAGCUGAGACACUUAAAGGACAAACCGCCAACAAAGUCAACAGUCGAACUCACUCCAGAGAUCGUAAAAGCUGAAAUGGUCAAAGUGUUUAAGAAUGACGAGCCAAUGCCAUCAAGGUGCACUGUCUAA